CAGUGGAUGGGAGGUGUUCAGUCCCAUUCAAAUUUGUGGAUGAUAUCUGUUUUCUGUUUUUUUGUUUGUGUGUUUGUUUUUUACCCAUACUUUCUCUGAAGGUUACUGUAGUCUUUCUUGUCCCAAGGCUGGAAUAGUUUACAAGUUGCACCUUCUCACGGUCAACCUACCCUCACGGGUAUAGCAUUUGCAGUCAAUAAUGUCUUCUAGCCCUGGAUUUGGCAUCAGGAAGGAUUCUAUAAAACAUCAGCUUACUGCUAUAGGCGGUCUGCCGGCCGGAGCCGAGCCCUCUGUUCCGCCGAGCAGCGCUGUCAUGCUGCCUAAAGUCGAGACAGAAUCCCUGGGACUCGGUCGAUCGCAUGGGGAACACUGUCACAUGCCAGAUAACAUGCAAGCCCCUCAAUUUAAAAUGAUGGACUACUCCUACAGUGAAGACCUGGAGGAGCUCUGUCCCGUUUGUGGAGAUAAGGUGUCUGGCUAUCACUACGGGCUUCUUACUUGUGAAAGUUGCAAGGGUUUCUUCAAACGCACAGUUCAAAAUAAUAAAAGGUACACAUGUAUUGAAAACCAGAGCUGUGAGAUUGACAAAACACAAAGGAAACGUUGUCCAUACUGUCGCUUUCAGAAAUGUCUAACUGUUGGAAUGAAGCUGGAAGCGGUGCGGGCUGAUCGCAUGCGAGGAGGUCGAAACAAGUUUGGUCCAAUGUACAAGCGAGACAGGGCGCUGAAGCAGCAGAAAAAAGCCCUAAUCAGAGCGAAUGGACUUAAAAUCGAAGCCAUGUCUCAUGUGAUGCAGACUGUGCCAACAGACCUGACGAUAGCUUCGGCUAUCCAGAACAUUCAUUCUGCCUCCAAGGGCCUGCCUCUAAGCCACAAUGCCUUGCCCCCAACAGACUAUGAUCGAAGCCCCUUUGUGAGGUCUCCAAUUAGCAUGGCAAUGCCACCACAUGCAAGUCUCCAAAGUUACCAGGCAUACAGUCACUUUCAGAGUCGUACCAUCAAAUCUGAGUACCCAGACCCUUACACUAGCUCUCCUGAGUCUCUCAUGGGCUACUCUUACAUGGACACGUUCCAGACUAGCUCCCCACCUAGUUUCCCACAUCUCAUAGUGGAACUUUUGAAAUGUGAGCCAGAUGAGCCCCAAGUCCAGGCUAAGAUCCUGGCUUACCUGCAGCAUGAACAGGCCAGCAGGGGCAAGCAUGAGAAGCUCAACACCUUUGGCCUUAUGUGUAAAAUGGCUGACCAGACCUUGUUUUCCAUUGUUGAAUGGGCCAGGAGCAGCAUCUUCUUCAGAGAGCUCAAGGUUGAUGACCAAAUGAAGCUUCUGCAGAACUGCUGGAGUGAACUGUUAAUUUUAGAUCAUGUUUUCAGACAAGUGGUACAUGGGAAGGAAGGUUCAAUCCUUUUGGUUACCGGGCAACAGGUGGAUUACUCAGUGAUUGCGUCCCAGGCGGGUGGUACUCUGAAUAACCUCUUGAGCCAUGCACAGGAGCUUGUUGCCAAGCUACGAUCCCUCCAGCUGGACCAGCGCGAGUUUGUGUGCCUCAAGUUCCUUGUGCUCUUCAGCCUAGAUGUGAAGAAUCUGGAUAGCUUCCAUCUGGUGGAGAGUGUUCAGGAGCAAGUCAACGCAGCUCUGCUGGACUAUAUCAUGUGCAACUACCCUCAACAAACAGACAAGUUCGGGCAGCUUCUGCUUCGGUUGCCAGAGAUUCGUGCAAUCAGCAUGCAGGCUGAGGAGUACCUCUACUACAAACACCUGAAUGGAGACGUGCCCUGCAACAACCUGCUGAUAGAGAUGCUGCAUGCAAAACGAGCCUGAGCUUCACCUCCAUCACCCAACAUGGUUUCCAACCCCCUCCCAACCCAACCAAGUCCUCUGAGGUACCCCCUCAGCAACUGUAAUGCAUCAAGCAAACCAUGUCUGUUUUUUUUUUGUUGUUUUGCAGAUGCUAGACACACAGGAUUUCUGGGACACCUGAUAUGCAGAUAUCAGGGUGCCACCAAUUUUAUGACAGCGGUAUGAUUAAUCGCUGCUCAUCCUCAGUAAAGAGACUCAAAAAGCUAAAAUCUUACUGAUACAAAGGACACAUCAUUCUGAUCAAAGUGAGUUUGAACAUACAGUAGAACUUUGAAAGAACUGAAGAACACACAAACCAACAAGGGAAUUGUGCACUUACGCUUAGCAGAGCUUUCUGUAGGCGAGGAAAUGCCUGUUAUGUUUAUAAAAUGGAAUGCAGGACUCUGGUGGUCAGACCAUUUUGUUAAUGGCACAACUGAUUAGUGACUAUUGUCAUUGGUACCUGAUAAGGGAUCUGAAGGCGGGCACCACCACGGGAGAUUGUUUCAUUGUACAUUGUCUCCGUCCAGACCACCAGAGCUCUACUUAGGAAGCCCGUCAGAAACUGCAAGGACAGACUGAUAUACACUUUGAACCCUUUAUAGACAUUUGUUUGUAGCCAAAAAAAUACAAAUGUUUCCCGUUACUUUAAAAGGGCAGUGUUCCCUUUUCUGGCUCAAUGUUGGCCACAUUUUACAAGCAUAUGAGAUACAUUUAUCUUUCAAUAAUCUUCAUGACAAAACAAAGGCAGCCAAAGAGGCUGUUUACAGUGCUCUGUUUUUAGUCAAACUUUGCACAAAGGAUGCAAACGUUGUGGUUACUCCAGAACAGAACCAUAGGCUAUUGGUAUUAGUUGAAAGGAGUGAGACCAAUUUAGAAGUCUUUUUGGUAACAGGGUCUCAUGAAUAUUUGACAACAGCUACACAGCACCUCAAGACAAAACUAGGCAGCAGUGGACAUCACAUGACCACAAAUAGGAAUACUGCCCCUGUCAGUACUAGACCAAAGCCUGCUGCAGAACAAAGUGUGGUGAUAAAAAAACAAAAACUUAAAUAUCAGUAUUAUAUAAAUUUGUGAUGUCACAGUUAUGUGAGUCUUGCCUUAUUUCAUUACCAUGCUAGCUAACCGUGCAGAUGUGAAUUGAAAUAUGUUAAAAGAAUAUAAAGUAUUAAUGUUGUAAAAUUCAGAAGAUGCAAAAGGUGUUUACAUAUAUUAGGUCUUGUGGGAGAGAACUGUGAUGAUGCAAAUUGCAAAGCAAUGAUUUUAUUAAUUAUUUUUUUAUUUGUUUGUUUGAUUGGUAAUUUUUUUUUUUUUUUUUACCAACACUUAAUUAUGUCGUGAGACACUAAAAUCAAAAAAAGGAAUCUCACUUAAAAUUAACUAGAUUUGUUGGCCACAUGAUCACGUGUUGAGAUUGUACACAUUUUAUUCUUCAGUAUCUACUAUUCAUGUUUGUAGGACUGUUGGCUUUGUUAUUUUAAUAGUUUUAGGUUAUAUUGUAUAUCACAGUUCCGACUCUAGACAAUUAUGAUACUAAUUUAUUGCUUAUCUGUUUCAUCCUUGUGUAUGAUAGAGAGAGGAAUAUCAAAGCCAAAUAUGUUUGUUUACUGUGGCAUGUUUUGAUGAUAGUGGCUAAAUGCAGUUCAGGGACAUAAUGAUCUUUAAAAAAAAAAAAAAAAAAAAAAAAUAUCAUCACACAGUUCAUUUGAUUAAAUGUCUAUGAAUCUUAUAACUGUAAAUUUGAAAAAUUAACAUAUUUAAAUCUAUUGUAAAUGAUGUGACUUACUGUUGCGUCUCUUUUCUACACGCAAUUUAAAAAAAGCUUCAUUCUUACACCUCAAACUUGUCCUGUGCAUUGUAUAUUCUAUACCAAAGACUGUAGAUUAUAUUUUCUCAAGUUCCAUGAUGCCUCACUACAACAGAACAAAUCACAACAGUGAGGUGUUUCAAAUUGGCAUGGCGACAUAGCCCUACAGCCACUUAAGCCUGGUGUCAGCAGUCCAGAUUUCCAAUUUUAGGAAUACUGGCAGUGUCUUACAGAACUUUGGGAAAGCAGUGCUGUUCACAAAUCCAUCAGCAAUUACUUACUUGCAGAGACCUUAACCAAAACUCAACCAGCUCAGCUUUAUCUUUUGGCAGAGAUGCCCUGGUUAAAUUGUCCAUGGAACAGAGUAAUAUGGUAACCAAAAUGAAAGCAUCUUUGAUCUCCCAGUACGGUCAAAACAAGCGUAAUUUUGUACAGGGGAAGGGAACAUGCACCAAUAUUUGUACAUAGUAUACAUGUUCUUGAUAGAAAGGAGAGUAUGCCACUUUUAAGGAAAUGUACAGAAGCCACUAUUCCUAAACAAACAAAAAAACAGGUCUGUUAAAUUUGUUAACAGACUCUUGUCUUCGUUUCUAGUGGCAACAUCCCUAAAAUAAGUAAUAUUUAUAUUGUGUUUUAUCUUCAGUAGAUUGUUCUUCAUAUCGGUGCAUUACAGAAAGAACAAUCCCAGUUACUGUACCUUUAAGAUGUUAUGAUUCCUUCUGGAAAGCAAACACCAAAUUAUGUUUGGCUUUAGCUGAUUUCUUAUUGUGACUAUCAUAUUUUCGCGUGUGAACAAGACAAUCUGUGUUGUCCACAUGUUCUGUGUUACAAAUGUUCUGCAGCUGCCUUGGAAUUCAAACAACUCCUCUUCUCUUCAGUGUGUACUUAGCUCAGUGAUCUGACUGUACAUGCUGGAAUUACACAUUGUCAUGUCAUUUCUUGCUAAGAGUUUCUUUACACUGAUGGAAUUUUUUUCCUGUAUUUCAAUAAAUAUAUAUAUAUGCCCAGUG